AUGGUGAGAAUCAGUGUUCUUAACGAUGCUCUCAAGAGCAUGUACAAUGCUGAGAAACGAGGCAAGAGGCAGGUCAUGAUCAGGCCUUCCUCAAAAGUGAUUAUCAAGUUUCUGAUUGUCAUGCAGAAGCACGGUUACAUCGGCGAGUUUGAGUAUGUCGAUGACCACAGAUCUGGCAAGAUCGUUGUUGAGUUAAAUGGAAGGUUGAACAAGUGUGGUGUCAUCAGCCCACGUUUUGAUGUUGGUGUCAAGGAGAUUGAAGGUUGGACUGCCCGUUUACUGCCUUCUAGAUAG